CCCAGAGAGUCACAUCCUGCUCCGUUCAGGCUGGGAACCCAUCAUCACAGCCAUGGUCAUCAGCAGUCGUGCACCAGCUCCUCUGGUUGCGCUUCAAGGAUUUCCUGGGCCAGCCGAGAGAUAAAAUUCCUCUGUUGUGGCUGCUGACAGUUUGAAACACCUCCCCUCCCACACAAGUGUGGAUGGUCACAGUUUGAUCGAGAUAAGCAGAUGUGUUGGAAGACUUAUUCUGGACAAGACUGUGUCUGAUGAAAACUUAAUGGGAAUCGUUGUUUAUGCUCCAGUCAUAAAUGGUGUUGGAGGAAACCUCGUCUCCAUCCAGGCUAGUCGUAUCUCAACUCAUCUGCAUUUGAAUUACUCACCCAGAGAAAUUCCUGACAGCCAUAAAAGCUGCUUCAACCUCUGUCACACCUUCGUUGGAACAGGAUCAAACCAACGUUCUGCUCGAGUUCUGCUCCUUUUGGUUCUGCCUGGUCAGCUGAUCUUCUUACACAUUAUUCACUUGAUGAAAGGAGGCCUCACAUUGCCCAGCCCUCUCUUCACAGUGUUCUUCCUGUCAUUUUCCCUGAUUCAGGUCUUCUCACUGCUGUGCAUAGCUGACUGGAUGGUCCACUGUCUGUGGCAGAGGAGCAAAGAUCCGGACAGUUAUUCAAUACCCUACCUGACAGCUCUUGGAGAUCUUCUGGGGACUGCUUUACUCUCUCUGUCCUUUCUCUUACUGUGGUGCAUUGGCGACCCAGGCGGUGUAUAGAGUUACAAUGACAAGCAGAAACAAAGUAGCCUAGUGAACUAGACCAAAUUCUUGCUUUGCAAAGUUUGGUCUAGGCACGCUCCAUUGGAACCUCCGCAGCUCCUACCAGGACUCUGGCUAGCCAAUCACAGCUCUCUAGAGGGGUUUCAAACACAUAAAGAGCUGUGAUUGGUCCAUAAUGGUGGGCCAAUCAUAGUGCUCUAUCUGCUUAGUGAACAAAUCACAGAGCUUUAUCUGCUUUGUGUGCCAAUCAAUGCACUCUAUGCCUGGUGGGUGGGAUGAUGCAACAGAGUGAAACAAGACUAUGUCACAUUCAUUGUCCAGUGGAAUGCGGGGAUCAUUUGAAAGACAACGGUAGAACCCGCCCCACAACUGAGAGCCGUCAAUGGAGCGUGGCCAGACUAAAUAAUACAUUUAUUUAAUCUGGCUUGCCAGGCUAGAAACAAACAACAUUCACAACAAAAACCUGUUUUCAUUUUUUCUAUCAUGACCUAAGUUGAAUAAAGUACAAGUAAGUUAUUGCA